UGAAACUUCCGGCUGGCGAUUCAAAAUGGCCGCCAGGAAGAGAACGCAAGAGGAGAAAAAUUUAAAAACUCUACGAGAACUUGCUGCAUUACCUGCAAAUAAGCAAUGUUUCGACUGUCAUCAGCGGGGGCCAACGUAUAUAAACAUGACUGUCGGAUCAUUUGUCUGUACAUCCUGCAGCGGAAUUCUGCGAGGUUUAAACCCACCGCAUCGAGUGAAAUCCAUCACCAUGACAACAUUCACACCUGAAGAAAUAGAGCAGAUAAAAAACAAAGGAAAUGAGUACUGCAAGUACGUGUGGCUGGGCCUGUACGACUCUCGCUGCCCUAUGGAGCCGGACUCCAGAGACGAACAGCGGACACGGGACCUGAUGAUCCAAAAGUAUGAACGCAAGCGCUGGUAUGUUGACCCUGAGGUGGCUCUGCAGAGGAUGCAUGCAGACCAGCAGCAGCAGGGAAGAGCAACGGCACAGCAGCAACCGCAACCAACACCACCGCCACCGACCAACCAUGUGCCGCAUUCCAACUCUGCUGUCAUGCCCGACACGAAGCCCUUGUCUAGCCUCCUGGGGAAGAACAGCCUCCCUCUAGUCAUUCACAAGUCCCAGCCUACGACUCCUAGUUCUGCAACUUGGCCGACACCCAUUUCAUCAGCUGUUGCCACGACAACAACCAGCCAACCCAUGUUCAAGUCAAAUGUCGACAUUUUUGGCACUUUCAACAGCGACCCAUUCAACUCAGCCUCUGUCAACUCUACACCUACAGUUCCUGCAAAAUCUGCAACAUUUUCUGCAAAUGGAAACUUUGCAAAUUUCGACACAGUUUUUUCGUCUGGAAACCAAGAGCAAGCACCUGCUGUGGCACCAACAGGCAUGACAAACAAUGUCAAUAGUAACCACAUCGGCGACACAAGUGGCAGUGGCUUUGUAGCCUCUUUCUCACCAAUGUCAAGUGCGCUAACUGCAGUGAGCACGCCAUCAACUGUGACCCUGUCCACGGCUGCCGGUGGAGGGGAGCCGCAGACCAAGGUUCCUUCGGCGGAUCGAUAUGCAGCCUUAGCCGAUUUGGACAACCUGUUCCACCAGGAGAGCCCACAGCCACAGCCACCUCUGCAGCCACCCGCGCCGCCUGCCUAUCCUCAGGCCUCAGCAUUUGCAGUGCCUCAAGCAGCUGCCGCGACUCCCUCCAACCCAUUUGCGGCUGCAGCUCCGGUAUGGAACAUGGCAGCCCCCACACAGUCUGCCAGCACAGCGUCAGCGUUUGCAACACCCAACCCCUUUGAGGCCGUGGCACCCACGGGAGGAGUCUUUGGAGGCCUGGACGGGAUGGCUGGAGCCGGCAGUGCGGGCGCAGGUGCUUCUGUGUUUGGUGGUUCUCCCAAUGGAUUUGCCUUGGCUGGCACACCCCCGAUGGUUCAGCAGAAAGGCAUCAGCUAUGUGGGUUGGGGCAGCAGCGGACUGGCCGCAGCACCCACUGGAAUUGUAACACCAGCAGUGGCUCCUUCAGCCUGGCCAGCCAUGGGCAAGGUAGUGGGCCCCUUGGCCACAGAUUGGUCGCAGGUGGGGUCACCAGCAGCAGCCAAUCCUUUUCUGAGUGGUCCCAUGCCAAGAGCCAAUUCCAGCAACCCGUUCCUCUGAUAGCAGGUCUCGUAACCACAGCUAGAAGCAUCAUCUUGAAGUGGGAUAUUGACCAGGAACAAUGUGCUACUAGGAAGAAAGAGGGGAAGAAAAGAAAAAAACAUGGCGCCAUUUUUCCAUUUUGCCUAGGUUGCACACAUAGCUGUGUAUCUUCUUGCUUGACAACGUGGACAUGUUUUCGUUAGUAACAGUUCGCCUUCUCCAGCUGCUGUACGCCUGUUUGUUCCCUUUUUUUUUUUUAACUGAGUGCCACACAGCAACUUCUUCUAGUCUCAUUUUUUUGCCACUGAGAGAGAGAUGCACAGUCAGUGCACAAAAGCAGAUAGUAAAAGGGAAGUAAAGAGAAAGAAAACGUCCAGGGCGUUCUGCUCUUUUGCUUCCCUUUUUGUGGGCAUCGAACAUUGGCGAGAAGCAUUAGUUCUCUCUAACCCUAUUUCGUUUAGCUGCUUUAAUACUGUGUUGUGUCUGUUUGUAUGUUUGUUUCUGUUGCUUGUCGCCCUCUCUCUCAUUUCCUAGAACUUUAAACCUGUUAAAAGCUUUUUGAUGUUUUGCAAGCUUUUUUUUUUCUUUGUUAGAGUUGUAGGGGGAGAGGAAAGGAUGGAUGGAUGAAUCGUGCAAGGGAGAAAGUGAAGUGGGUUGUGAACUAUAGUAAAAACUUAUUUUUUUUUACUUUUUUCUUUCACAUAGCCUGUCCGUGUUCACAACUGUGCAUAACCUCCAGAAGGCAUAACUGUACAUGGGGUGGAAUGGUUUCUUGCCUAUGCUUCCUCUGUAAUCCAUAUUAUUACUUGCCAGAUUUAAAGAAAAAAUAAUAAUUGGAGCUAUUUGGGAAGUCCUUGUGGGGCAAAAUUUCAGGAACUCCAAAGUUGGUACUGAAACUGUUUGUCUUCUGUAUUUUUUUUUUCUCUUUGUUUUUUAUACCGUGUGUGAUAUUUCAUACUGUUGUGGCAUGUGUGUUGCUGUUUACAGCAAGCCGAGCCAAAGGAUCUUUUUGAAGAUUGCGCGUACAGAGAUUAAUGGACAUGAAGUGCAAAGUUUCGAGGCGUUUUCUGGCCCAAGCUUCAUUGUCCAUCAAAAAAGGGGUGCCAGCGCCGUGUAGGAAAGAACAUUUUGCUUGUUCAGACACUUAGCCUCUUCAACAAAUGCAAAUGGAACCCAGUGAUUACAAGCUGUAGUAGCAGAUGCCAGGCAUGUUAAAAGCUGCUCAGAGAAUCCGGUUUCUUCAUGUACAUAUUGGAGAUUUGUUUUAAAAGAUUCUGUAUCAUAUCUGUUAAAAAGUACAGGAAUCGUGAGAAUGCUUUAUUGCAAUUUUUUGUCUGCAAUAAAUAGCAUAGCAUGCUUUCAUAGAA